GGUCACUGCGGGGCUGGCACCGGGGCGGCCGCGGCUCCGCGCCGCUUCCUGCCGCCGCCCUUAAAGGUGCGGGGCGGCCCAGGGUGCGGGCUGGGCGUGACUUGACCCGCGGAGUCAGGAUGAUCCAGAGGCACCAGCUGGUGCAGUCUGUGCUGCAGGAGCUACAGGAAGCCACCGAAUGCUUUGGUCUGGAGGGCCUCACCAGUGCUGCGCUGGAGGCAGAGAGGACCUUGUCAUCUUUCUCCCUGCCUGGUUAUUGUGGAAGUCAGUUCCAAGAGGAGCUGGAGGUUGACCGGGUAGCCAGGAGCCUCUAUCCUGAGGAUGCCCCAAGUAACAUGCUGCCUCUCGUUUGCAAGGGUGAGGGAAACCGCCUCUUUGAGGCUGCUAGCGUGCUGCUCUGGGGCAACCCCAGCCUCAGCCUGGAGCUGCAGGUGCGAACUGUGGUGGAGAUGCUGCUGCACAAACAAUACUACUUGAAUGGCAUGAUUGAUUCCAAAGUGAUGCUGCAGGCUGCCCGCUACUCCCUCUGCACUGAGGAGACCCCGGAGAUGACCAGCCUCCCCAUGGCUAUCCUGGAAGCCAUCUUUGAUGCUGAUAUCAAAGCUACCUGUUUUCCUGGCACCUUUGCCAACAUGUGGCAUGUCUACGCUCUUGCCUCAGUACUGCAGUGUAACAUCUACUCUAUCUAUCCCAUGAGCAACUUGAAGAUCCGACCCUAUUUUAACCGGCUGAUCCGGCCCAGGAAGUGUGGCCCACGAACUUCCACGCUACACAUCAUGUGGUCAGGGCAGCAGCUCUCCCGGCAGGUCUUCAAAGCACAGUAUUUUGUGGCUGUGGUUGGUCUGGAGGAGCUGGAACCCACAAUACCUUCACCAGAGCCUCCUGUCCAGCCCAUGAAGACCCUUGAGCUGCUGAACAGUGACCCCCAGCUGACCUACUCCAACCUGCGUGACCGCUACAGCAUUACCAAGAGCACCUUCUACCGCUGGAAGCGCCAGUCUCGGGAGCACCGGCAGAAAGCGGCUGCCAGGUUUGCAGCUAAACACUUCCUGCAGUCCUGCUUUCAGGAGGGCAAUGUAAUCCCCCUCCAGCACUUCCGACAAAUGUUUCCAGAAAUCUCCCGAUCCACAUACUAUGCCUGGAAGCAUGAGAUGCAGAGCACAGUCAAUGGUGAUACCUCUGCUCUGUCGGACGCCCACAGCUUGCAGGAACUUCACAGGGUUGUCCCAAAAAAGGCUGAUGUGAAUGAGCAAAGAAAUCCACAGGGGAGCUUAAAAUCCCCAAGUACUUCCCCAGAUCCCAUUCAAGCAGGAAUCUUUAUGCAAGGAGCCAAAUCCUACCUGGAGAAAUGCAUUUCCAUGAACACUCUGGUGCCUUACAGAUGCUUCAAACGCAGCUUCCCAGGCAUCUCCAGGUCCACUUACUAUAACUGGCGAAGAAAAGCGAUCAAGGAGAACCCCAACUUCAAACACCCCCAGUCACCCUUGGAUAACCAGAAAACUCUAGCUAUAGGAAAGCCAUUCCUGCAGUUGAAGCCAAGCAGUGUCCCUGUUAGGAAGAGACGGAAUGGAGACCAACCAGCAUCCAGGAGUCUGCUGCAGCUCCAUCCUUCUCUGUGCUGGAGAAAGCAGCUGCGAGAUGUGGCCAGGAGGCAGGUCCAGCAAUGGCAGCUGCCGUUCUGCAAGUACCGCCUGCGCUAUCCAUCUCUCUCCUCCACAGCCUACUGGUUUUGGAAGGGCAGUGGCCAAACCAUGUGGCAGCAUCGCCUGCCCUGGAGCAGCUCCAGCCUGCCAUUGAACCGUGUGGCUUCCCUGGCACCUCCAAGAGCAGAGCCAGGCCUCAAACCUCAGUGCCAUGUGGAAGUAGCCACGAAGCACACAGAUAAGCCAGUGCCUGCUGUGCCGUGCAACACCAGCAUUUCGGGCUAUGCCGUGUCGGAGAGAGCCAGCAGCGGGAUGUUUGUGAUGGAUGUGAUUGCCACUGCCCAGUUCAAGGCACAGGCCAAGCUGUUCCUGCAGCAGCGCUUUGAGUCGAAGACCUUCCCAACCUACAAGGAGUUCAGUGCCCGCUUCCCACUCACGGCCCGCUCCACCUAUUACAUGUGGAAGCGCGCCCUGCACGAUGGGCUGACGUUGGUGGAUGCCUGAGCUGGCCACAGCUCCUCUGCUGAUGUGCCCUUUGGCCCUAUGGUGCAGUGCCCAGGUUGGGGCCUCGCUGAUUUUUGUUCUGGUUUGGUUUUGUUUUGUUCCUAGUCUCUGGCUUUCUUUUUUGUGUGGUUCAAUCAGGUAUGGGAGCAUCCUUGU